CGCGUCGGUCCCGGCAGAGCUGCAGCGGCCGCCGCCGGCACCGGGUGCCGAGCCCAGGACGCGCCCGCCCGGGCCUGCGGGGUGGACAAGUCCUUCUCCCCUGGCUGGAGUGUGUGGAGGAGUGAUGGACAGAACCAGCGCUUCCCGCAGGCAUUAGACCUGUUGUCCUCGGACCUAGUUCCCUCCCACAAAGCUGCAUCCCACCCUAAGAACACAGAUCUGUUUGAGAUGAUUGAGAAGAUGCAGGGAAGCAGGAUGGAUGAACAGCGAUGCUCAUUCCCACCACCCCUCAAGACGGAGGAGGACUACAUUCCUUACCCGAGCGUCCACGAGGUUCUGGGGCGCGAAGGGCCCUUCCCCCUCAUCCUGCUGCCCCAGUUUGGGGGCUACUGGAUUGAGGGCACCAACCAUGAGAUCACCAGCAUCCCCGAGACAGAGCCGCUGCAGUCGCCCACCACCAAGGUGAAGCUGGAGUGCAACCCCACAGCCCGCAUCUACCGGAAGCACUUUCUCGGCAAGGAGCAUUUCAAUUACUACUCACUGGACACUGCCCUGGGCCAUCUGGUUUUCUCACUCAAGUAUGAUGUCAUUGGGGAUCAAGAGCACCUGCGGCUGCUUCUCAGGACCAAGUGCCGGACGUACCACGAUGUCAUCCCCAUCUCCUGCCUCACCGAGUUUCCCAAUGUGGUCCAGAUGGCAAAGCUGGUGUGCGAAGACGUCAAUGUGGACCGGUUCUACCCCGUGCUCUACCCUAAGGCCUCCCGGCUCAUCGUCACCUUUGACGAGCACGUCAUCAGCAAUAACUUCAAGUUCGGAGUCAUUUACCAGAAGCUUGGGCAGACCUCUGAGGAAGAACUCUUCAGCACCAAUGAGGAAAGCCCUGCCUUUGUGGAGUUCCUGGAGUUUCUGGGCCAGAAGGUUAAGCUGCAGGACUUCAAGGGGUUCCGAGGAGGCCUGGAUGUGACCCACGGGCAGACGGGGACCGAAUCUGUGUACUGCAACUUCCGCAACAAGGAGAUCAUGUUUCAUGUGUCUACCAAGCUGCCCUACACAGAAGGGGACGCCCAGCAGUUGCAGCGGAAGCGACACAUCGGGAACGAUAUCGUGGCCGUGGUCUUCCAGGACGAGAACACGCCCUUUGUGCCCGACAUGAUAGCAUCCAACUUCCUGCACGCCUACGUGGUGGUGCAGGCUGAGGGGGGUGGCCCGGAUGGCCCCCUCUACAAGGUUUCCGUCACAGCGAGAGAUGACGUGCCCUUUUUUGGGCCACCCCUCCCAGACCCUGCUGUGUUCAGAAAGGGGCCUGAGUUCCAGGAAUUUUUGCUGACAAAGCUGAUCAAUGCUGAGUAUGCUUGCUACAAAGCCGAGAAGUUUGCCAAACUGGAGGAACGGACACGUGUGGCCCUCCUGGAGACACUCUACGAGGAGCUCCACAUCCACAGCCAGUCCAUGAUGGGCUUGGGCGGCGACGAGGACAAGAUGGAGAAUGGUGGAGGCGGAGGAGGCUUUUUUGAGUCUUUCAAGAGGGUCAUCCGGAGCCGCAGUCAGUCUAUGGAUGCCAUGGGCCUGAGCAACAAGAAGCCCAGCACAGUGUCCACCAGCCACAGCGGGAGCUUCACGCCCAACAACCCUGACCUCGCCAAGGCAGCUGGAAUAUCAUUGCUUAUUCCCGGGAAAAGUGCGAGUAGAUUCGGACGCCGGGGCAGUGCCAUAGGCAUAGGAAGCGUGGAAGAGUCACUGAUUGUCCCCGGGAAGAGCCCCACGAGGAAGAAGUCCGGCCCGUUUGGCUCCCGCCGCAGUAGCGCCAUUGGCAUUGAGAACAUCCAGGAGGUGCAGGAGAAGAGGGAAAGCCCUCCAGCCGGCCAGAAGACCCCAGACAGCGGGCACGCCUCCCAGGAGCCCAAGUCGGAGAACUCUUCCACCCAGAGCUCCCCGGAGAUGCCCACAACCAAGAACAGAGUGGACGCGGCUGCCCAGAGAGCGGACGUGCUGAAGGACUUCUCCCGCUCCUCGUCCAGCGCCAGCAGCUUCGCGAGCGUGGUGGAGGAGACGGAGGGCAUGGACGGGGAGGACACAGGCCUGGAGAGCGUGUCAUCUUCGGGAACCCCCCACAAGCGGGACUCCUUCCUCUAUAGCACGUGGCUGGAGGACAGCGUCAGCACCACGAGCGGGGGCAGCUCCCCAGGCCCCUCGCGGUCACCCCAUCCAGACGCGGGCAAGUCAGGAGACCCCGCAUGUCCUGAGAUCAAGAUCCAGCUGGAAGCCUCUGAGCAGCCCUCGCCCCCACUGGGCUGCUAGCCGGCCACCUGCAGGAAGGUAGACCGAAGAUGAGGCCACAGAAGCACAAGGUGAAGAUGUUGUGCCACGCCCAGGCCCUGGGCUCCCGGCCGCCCCAGCCUCCCCUCAGCCCACCCACCUGGGCUGUCUCUGCAGGGCGGAGCCACCCCGAGCUGGGAGUGGGGCGCUGCUGGCAUCAUCCCCACCCCGGGCUGGGGGCUGGGCUGGGAGAGGGAUCAGU